AACGGGCCUUCUCUUCCGGACAGUCUGCUUCAUCUUGAUUUCAGCAGCAUCCAAACUGUGGUACCCUUGGGGUUCUCUUAACAUUGCUGUGGUGCAGAAGAUUUAAACUCAGACGUUUAGCUGAUGUUCACAAGGAAUAGAGUCACGUGAUGUAUGAAGGGAAACAUAUACACUUCUCUGAGGUUGACAAUAAGCCCUUGUGCUCGUAUAGCCCCAAACUGUGCAAGCAGCGGCGACUUAACGGCUACGCAUUCUGCAUCAGACACGUUCUGGAGGACAAGACUGCCCCCUUCAAGCAAUGUGAAUAUGUGGCCAAGUAUAACAGCCAGCGCUGCACCAACCCCAUCCCCAAAUCGGAGGAUCGCAGGUACUGCAACAGCCACUUGCAGGUACUUGGCUUUAUCCCGAAAAAAGAGAGGAAGAAAAAGAAUGAUCCUAUAGAUGAGGUAAAGGUCAGGCACCAGAUGGAUACCAUGGCCUUCAGCCUGGCAGUGCCCACGCUGGCCCUGAAGAUGCCCAAUGGACUGGAUGGCAUGUCCCUCUCUCCACCUGGGGCCAGGGUCCCUCUCCACUACCUGGACACUGAGUUCGAAGAUCCAUUUGCGUUCAAUGAGGAAGACGAUGACCUGAAGAAAGGGGUAACUGUGAGAAGGAAGUUGCAGAGCAAGUUGGCCCAGAACCGGCAGCGCCAGAGAGAGACCGAGAUUCUAAAAGUUCGACAAGAGCACUUUAGUCCCCCUCCUGCAUCUUCUCAGCAGCAGCAGCCUCCGCAGCAGCACUCCCACCUGUCACCUUUAUCCACGUCUUUAAAACCUCCACCACAGGGCUCCUUCUGCAAGUCACCUCAGCCUCAGAACACCAGCGCACCAGUGCAGGGAGUGGCCCCCACCACACAUGCCAUAGCACAAGCACGGCAGGCAUCCCACAAGAGGCCUCCGCCCCUCCUUCCAGCCAGCAGGGCUCCUGCUUCGGACCCGCCCCGGACUGACCGGGUCCUCAUGAAAGCCACGGCCUUCUCUCCACACUUUCCCUGCAUAAGUCGGCUGCAGAGACUGGUGAAACUGUACACCCAGAAGCAUCAGCUGGACACAGAUCUGUUUCCCCAUUUAGGGUUAGACUGGUCUGAAGAGAGUGGAGAGGAGCUGGAAGACCCCGAGCAAGCCUCCCCAUACCAGGUUGCAUGGUCCAUCCGGGAUACACUCAGAUCCGAAAGACACAUGUCUGACGAUGACGAUGUGGAGAGCAGGAGCUCCAGGGUGACCCAACUUUGCACUUACUUUCAGCAGAAGUACAAGCACCUCUGCCGCCUGGCGCGGGAGGAGUCACGGCAGAAGCGAUGCAGGCUGGCUCUGAGGAAGGCGCUGCUGCAGGCAGCCAGCCGGGAGCCGGAGAGCGCCGGCCAGCUGCUGCAGGAGCUGCAGAGAGAGGCAUGCGGCCAGGCCAGCAUAAGCCGGACCAAGUUGAAGGAGUCAGAACCCUCCGCUUGCAGUGGAGCCACAAAGGACGAGCAGUGCACAAACACAGCCCUUCCGUUCAGCAGACACUGUUUCCAGCACAUCCUCUCAAACCGCUCCCAGCAGCUCUUUUCCAGCUGCACCGCCAGGUUUGCAGAUGGGCAGCAGUGCUCGGUGCCCGUGUUUGACAUCACACACCAGACGCCGUUGUGUGAAGAACAUGCCAAAAAAAUGGAUAAUUUCUUGAGAGGAGAUAACUCUCGUAAAGUUCAGCACCAGCAGCAGAGGAAACCCAGGAAAAAAACCAAGCCUCCUGCACUUACCAAAAAACACAAGAAAAAGAGACGGCGUGGACCUCGUCGACCCCAGAAGCCCAUUCCCCCUGCAGUCCCUCAGGGGAACCUCAGCAUGCCCACCAGCGUCUCACUGCCAGUGGAGGCACCUCACAUCCGGAGCCCAUCCACCCCAGAGCUGAGUGCUGAUGAAUUGCCGGAAGACAUUGCCAAUGAGAUCAGUGACAUUCCACACGACUUGGAACUGAACCAGGAGGACUUCUCUGACGUCCUGCCCAGGCUACCUGAUGAUCUACAGGAUUUUGAUUUUUUUGAAGGAAAGAAUGGAGACCUCCUCCCGAUGAGCGAAGAGGCCGAGGAGCUUGAGCGGGCCUUGCAGGCUGUCACUUCUCUCGAGUGCCUGAGUACCAUUGGGGUGCUUUCCCAUUCAGAUGGUGUGCCAGUCCAGGAGUUGUCAGAUAGAGGGAUAGGGGUGUUUUCCACAGGCACUGGAGCUUCAGGAAUCCAGUCCUUGAGCCGAGAAGUGAACACAGACUUAGGGGAGCUAUUGAACGGGCGUAUAGUACCUGAUAAUUUUUCUAGUUUAGAGCUGGAUGAGAACCUGCUCCGUUCUGCUACCUUGUCUAACCCACCUACACCCCUGGCAGGGCAGAUCCAGGGGCAGUUCUCUGCCCCAGCCAACGUUGGCCUUACUUCUGCCACUCUGAUCAGCCAGAGUGCACUCGGGGAGAGAGCCUUCCCAGGACCAUUUCAUGGAGUCCACGACGGCAGCCAUGCCUCGCAGAGGCCACAUCCUGCCCAGCUGCUGAGCAAGGCAGACGACCUGAUCACCUCACGACAGCAAUACAGCAGUGACCAUUCACACUCCUCGCCCCAUGGAAGCCAUUAUGAUAGCGAGCAUGUGCCGUCUCCCUACAGUGACCAUAUCACCUCGCCCCACACGACAUCUUACUCUGGUGAUACUAUGGCAGCUACCUUUUCAGCAGAGAUGCCCAUCAUGGCACAGCAUUUGCUCCCCACACAACUUGAGGUGCCACUUGGAGGAGUGGUAAACCCCAGAACUCACUGGGGAAACCUCCCCGUCAACCUCGGUGAGCCCUCUCCAUUCAGCAACCUUCUUGGCGCAGACGGACAUCUUCUCUCCACUUCCCUCUCCACACCGCCCACCACCUCGAACUCAGAGACCACACAGCCUGCCUUCGCCACCGCGACCCCCAGCAGCUCCAGUGUGCUCCCGGGGUUGCCACAGACCAGCUUCAGUGGCAUGGGGCCUUCUGCAGAACUCAUGGCCUCCACCUCUCCCAAACAGCAGCUGCCUCAGUUCAGCGCAGCCUUUGGCCACCAGCUGAGUGCUCACAGUGGCAUCCCUAAGGACGUGCAACCCAGCCACAGCUCCAUAGCGCCCCCUACAGGCUUCACAGUGACAGGUGCCACAGCUACAAGUACCAAUAAUGCGUCCUCUCCCUUUCCCUCCCCUAACUGAGCGCAUCUGUGUCUCCAGGCAGGCGGGAACCCAGGUUUUCUUUGUUUCCUCUUUAGCACCCUUCUCCCCUUUCCUAACAGAUUUCCAAGUCGCAGAUGGGGAUGAGAGGGGCGCUGCCUUCCUAGUCCUGCAGGUGGCCAUGAGCAGGCCUGCCUCAGUGUUCACACGUGCUCCUCGGCACUGGUGCUCCUUCCCUCUGGCAGGCCCAGUGGUCUAGCCAUUUCCUGGUGGUUCAGCACAGUGACUGGAGAGGAUUGAUUUUGAGCAGCAAGUCCUAGAAGUGGAAGAUACCUCAGAUUACCAGUGCCCUUUACUAUUUGCUAGUAUCCAGAUCAAUGCUUUUCAUUCUCCAGCCAGGUUUCUACAUAGGUGGGUCUAGGUUGAAUGAUCCUGUUCUUUGGGUUUCUGUGUAGGAAGUAACAGGUGGUGUGGAGAGGCAGGUCAAGGCUCUAAUUUAGCACCAACUGCCAGCCACCACGAUGAGGCCAGGAUGUCAUUCCUACUCAUGAUCAUGGUUGGCUGCAAAGGAAGCAGCAUCUUUGACCACCUGUGCGUGUAUAUGCACCCAUGCGUAUGUUUUGUGCAGUGCAGGAAGUAGCCGUCCGGUUGUUUGUUUUUUAACUCCCUUUGAUGAGUAGAAGGUUCUUUUCCUUUCUGAUGUUUCACACCCUAGUAAUGUUGGUCCUUCUGUCCCACUGAGUUAACUAAAAUUUCCUGAAUAGAGAAGUGGAUGGCCUGGUCAUGUGAACAGCACAACAUCUUUCUGUUAAGUGUUGGUCCAUGAAGAAACAGGACACAGAAAGCAGAAAUCGUGUCAGCAACGGAUGUCAUGCGAAGUUUGCCUGGAGUGGCUGUGGGGUGGUCACUUUGCCCUUUUCAGAUAUGCAUUUAUUUUAAGUCCCUUGCUCAUGGAAUACAUUUGCAAGAUGUUUUGAAGGAACUGUUUUGAUGUGAAAAGGCAGAAUAGGUGAGAUAGAUCUGAAGGAUAAAAUCUGUGAACUUCUUGGUCCAUCUUUUGCUUUUGAAUUUUUCAUGUUUACGGUAGUGAUUCUUUGGUAAGAUUUGUAAAAUGUUGAAGACGCUUGUAGAAUCAGUGUACCAGUUGUGAAGUGAUGUGUAAUAUCUGAAGGAUACACAUUUUAAAGUUUGUUUCAAAGCAGAAUGUGGAAAUUAGACAUAAAUUGUACCUGUGUUUGGUACUUUUAAAAUAAUUUAAGUACUUAAGUUUAAGUCAAUUUGGGAAUAAGUUGGGGAAAUUCUUUUAAAGUACCAGAAUUUUAGGGUUAAAAGUUACAUUGGGUAGUUUAGUAAGUUGGUAACUAUGAAAUGAAUAUGUGAUGUUUCUUCUUGCCUGCCUUUCCCCCCACUUCUCCCAGAAGGGUGGAGCUAGAUUUUAAAGGCAUCUUUACGUUUGCUGCAAAGUUUCAUUGUCCCUUCAUACCAUUGGCUGUUUAUAUCUGAAUCCAGUCUAAUUUACACAUACAUAUUUUAAAAGAUAAGUAGAGAGAUCAAAUGUAUUAAUGAUGUGGUACAACUCAUUCGUUGGGGAGCAUUUCAUCUUCCUUCUUUUCCUAAUAGGUAAAAAUUUGAUGUAUUUUCCUACUUCCUGUAUGUAUUUUCAUGCCAUGCUAGUUGUAACCAGACCUUUCUUUUGAAAGCUUUUCUUUCUCUGCUUUUAAAAAGAAUAAUGGUGAUCAGCAGGCAUUAUGCAGAUACCACGUGCCUGAGCUUAUGGGGGGAAAUGUCACACGCCUGUAUGAAAUCAUGAUAUGCCCUGUUUUGUAUUUAUUGAAGUUUUUUUGGGGGGCCAAAAAUAUGUUUGUAAUAUA